AUGAGCAGCCUGCAGCCUCUGCCUGUUUCCUGCUGCAGCCUGAAGGAUGAGGUGUUAGGUGCAGGGGAUGUGAGCCAGGCCGAGUUAGUGGCAGCUGCAGCCUUCUGGUCACCAGGCCCCAAGCUGGCUGCCCUUUCUCUCACACUUUGUGCCCAGAAGUCAGCAAACCCUGCCCCCUUUGUGCACCUGGAGUCUCCCCGCUCCAUGUGCUGCCAUCAUCACCUCAGCCAGGGCUUGGUCCUUAUUGUGCUUGAGCGUAGCAAGUGUGACGCUACCCCAGGGCCUUUGCACAGUGCCCUCCUGCUUCCCUUCCCAGCAGCUGCCCCUCGACGGUGGUGGCUGCGCUCCUCCAGGGCCCGGGGCCUGUGUCGGGCCGGGGGAGAGGCAAGGCCACUGGCCGCGGUGGGUGUGGAGUUGGCAGAGCCGGUGGCUGGUGCUGAGGGUGGCAUGGACAUGAGCUUGAACCUAGUGGCCCGAGAGGCCACCCCAGGCCUUGUCCUGGGCCUUGACCCUUUCCCCCGGCCGGCACCCCCCAAGGUGACCAAGAAACCUAAAAAGGCUGUUCUCUUCUUUGAGGUGGAGAUUCUGGAUGCGAAGACCAGGGAGAAACUCUGCUUCCUGGACAAGGUGGAACCCCAUGCCACUAUCGCCGAGAUCAAAAACCUUUUCACCAAGAGUCAUCCACAGUGGUAUCCUGCCCGCCAGUCCCUUCGCCUGGACCCCAAGGGCAAGUCCCUGAAGGAUGAGGAUGUCCUGCAGAAGCUGCCCGUGGGCACCACAGCCACACUGUACUUCCGAGACCUUGGGGCCCAGAUCAGCUGGACGUACUACUGGGGCUUUGCUGCAUGGAUGGCCUAUUACAUCAACCACCCCCUCUACACACCCCCCACCUACGGAGCUCAGCAGGUGAAGCUGGCCCUGGCCAUCUUUGUGAUCUGCCAGCUUGGCAACUUCUCCAUCCACAUGGCCCUGAGGAACCUGCGGCCUGCAGGGUCCAAGACCAGGAAGAUCCCAUUCCCCACCAAGAACCCCUUCACCUGGCUCUUCAUGCUGGUGUCCUGUCCCAACUACACCUACGAGGUCGGGUCCUGGAUCGGCUUCACCAUCAUGACACAGUGUCUCCCAGUGGCUCUCUUCUCCCUGGUGGGCUUCACUCAGAUGACCAUCUGGGCCAAGGGCAAGCACCGAAGCUACCUGAAGGAGUUCCGCGACUACCCGUCCCUGCGCUCGCCCAUCAUCCCCUUCCUGCUCUGA